GCAGAUGACAGAGCGCAACGAAACGACUGGCUGUGAGGUGUGAGCCUCAGCACGACGGGAUUGCGCCCACAAGCGACGCCCCCAUUCUUCUCCGGCUCCGGUGCAUUCCGUGUCCUGUCUUGAUGGAAGCAGCGAUGGCUGCCACGUCCUCCCUACUCCUUGCCUCCGGCUCCAGGAGGUGGCCAGCAACCUUGCCUCCUUCCCCCUCGCCCCAGCAGCAGCGUCUGGUUAUUUUCUGCCUCGCUGCAAGAACGAGGCCGCUGGACAGCAAGAGGGGUAGCUGGAGGCGCUCUUCCAGUGCCACUGGCGGCCGGUCGACCGCCGUCUCGUCGUCGUCGGAAAGAUGGGUUCUCGACCCUGCAGGAGACGGUGACUGGCGCCACAUCGGCUACAAAGUCGCGCGCCCUGGGGCGAUCGAGAUAGUCUCGGAGGACACGGCGGUGACCGUGGGCCGGGUCGCCGACAAGGCGGACAUCGUGCUCCCCGUCGCCACAGUUUCAGGCGCUCACGCCCGGCUGGAGAAGAAGGGCGGCAGCCUGCUGGUGACGGACCUGGACAGCACCAACGGCACCUACAUCAACGAGCGCCGGCUCAACCCGGGCUUCCCCGCGUCCGUCGACCCCGGCAGCCUACUCAUCUUCGGUGACAUCCACUUGGCCAUGUUCCGUGUAAGGAAGACGGUGGUGGUUGAGGCGCCCAGUACUAGUACCGAGGAGGCCGAGGGAGCUCAGCAAGAGGCCACCGCAGCUGAAGAUAUUUGACAUGUGCCUUUAUUACAGUAACAGUAGCCCCAUUUUACAAAUUACAUGGUGAUCGUGAUCCAUCUACUUCCAGUCUCCUCAAAAGCUACAUUAUUGAUCGGCUUAUAUAUCCAAUAUAUAAAUUACAU